AUGUUCCUAUAUACUAAGACAGAUAUUGUCUACAAUCCCAGUGAAUAUAGACCCCCGCCGCAUAUUCUCCAAUUUCAGGCGUUCCCUUCCGGUCAUCUUGCAUACAGUUUAUGCAGCUGGUUUUACAUCCAGUCCCAGGAAGCGGCAGACAAUGCCCGUGUGCUCAUAGAGGAGUACGGUAGCAAAUCCCAUUCACGACCGGAACAAGAUGAGCGUUUCUGGCCGACCAUUCUAACUUUGGUGUUACAAGCCAGACCACAUGAGGCUGCCGGCCUAUUGUCCAUUCAUUCGCACGCGAACAGUCGCAUCUUACGCAGUCUGCGUCAGAUUUUGGCCUGGAGCUAUUGGCAGUCCGAAUGCACUCGACUUCUCGCAUCCGGUGAAUUUGCACCGGUUGGUGGUGACGAUACCGAGACAGCCGAUCAUGUGCAACUGAUCGCUUCAGUUCUGUGCGGUCAUGCAGCCAGUUGGGAUGAUCCUCGUCUAAUUGAGGCAACCGGCGGUCCCAACACUUGGUAUUUUCGUUUUGUAUCGUUCCUAUUCUACACCGACCAAAUGAUGAGCAUCGAUGGGAUCGGCUACCACUUGGACCAAUGGUUCGCCCGUCCAACAAAUAGCACUCUCUUGGAUAGCAAAACCCCACUGGAUCAAGCCAUAGACGAGCUGAUCAUCAGCGUGUUCCGACUAAAUUUGCAACAGUUCAUUCACACGGCCGGUGAGAAAUUGAGUAGUCGUUGGCUUGUCGCUCACUUCACCCAUCUGCUUCAUCGAGUCUAUCCGGAUAUGUUGUACAGUUCCGAAAAUCGGGAAAACAAUCAAAUGGGCACUGAGAGAAGUCACACCAAAAUGGAAGACACGGAUACUGACACCGGUCACCACGGAGCAGAUUCAUCGAAUUCACCUAUUCGCAGUACUUUUCCAUUGGCCGACUCGUUCCUUAUUGGCUAUGCGGAAUCUUUGGCUUCGGAUCCAAGUAUGCUAUAUUUGGCUCUGGGCUAUAUGGAUCAUUGUGAUUCGGGUCGAGCACGUCAAUCUGCUCUCCUAUUGGCUCACGGUGUGCCCACCAGUACUCGGGCAGUGAAUUGGGUAGGUGAUUGUCGCGCGCAAUGA